GUGAAUAAUUUAAGUAAUUUUUGGAUUAGUGUUUACUGGAUUACCGAUUUGGUGAACUGGUUCAACCGGUUCACUAAGCAGAACCGGUUAAAUUGAACGAUUCGUUCGCGAACCGGACAUCAAUACUAGGUUAAUUGGUGAAACUUGCAUCGGUCGCACCAGCGUGCACGAGGAGCCGACCGUGAAGUCGAUGCGCGCGUUAUAUAUAGCGCUGUUUCAAAGUUAAGGUGACCGUCAGACCUCGCAGGAUUUAUCGACAUCGAGAGAUUUAUGUAGGCUACGGUCUUAAUUUUAAACCAAAUGGAAGUCGUCUAUCUUGACUGACUCUCGGGCACAGGUGUUGAGUCACGCGCAGAUCGCUUCUGAUGAGCUUUGAUGCUCGGGAAUGUGCUUGUGGUGGUUCUGCUUCUGGAGUGACUCAUGCUUGUUCACUGUGGAGCUGAUAUGGUGAUCAUGGUGCCGCGGACGCAUUUCGGAGAGGAAACGCAACUUCUGUGUACACCCUGCCCCAUGUAACUUUGGCACCGACAUGUAAACCAGAAUAAAGCGACAGUUUGGACUCGUUUGACGCACCGGCUGUCUUUUUAUUUAAAAAAAGGGAUCCUUUGAUCCUGUUCAACAUAAGCACGUAAACUCCUAGCAAGGAUGCCUGGUGUCCUGGGUCUGUACAUUGGGAUGGAGGUGCUGAUUGCCCUUUCCUCGGUCAUUGGGAAUGUGAUGGUGGUCUGGGCUGUGAGAAUCAACCGAUCUCUACGGGACACGACCAUUUAUUUCAUCGUCAGCCUGGCUCUAGCAGACAUUGCGGUCGGGGCACUUGUCAUUCCUCUGGCUAUAACCAUAAGCAUCGGACUAAAGACUCAUUUUUACAGCUGUCUGCUCGUUGCAUGUACUGUACUGGUACUAACGCAAAGUUCAAUACUCGCCCUCCUGGCUAUUGCUAUUGACCGCUAUCUGAGGGUCAAGAUACCAAUGAGAUAUAAAAGAGUGGUGACUCCAAAGCGUGCAGGCAUUGCAGUGAUUGUGUGCUGGAUGGUGGCCAUCGUAGUCGGCCUGACGCCCAUGUUGGGCUGGAACAAUCUGGAGAAGCUACGACAGACCAAUGGCACCGUGGGUGCUGACCUUCUUGUAACCUGUGAGUUCGAGAACGUCAUCAGCAUGGAGUACAUGGUCUACUUCAACUUCUUCGGAUGGGUCCUGCCACCUCUCAUCCUCAUGUUGCUCAUCUAUGCUGAGAUCUUCUACAUGAUCCACAAGCAGCUCAACAAGAAGGUCACCACCAACCAGACCGACCCCACUCGAUAUUACGGGAAAGAACUCAAGCUGGCGAAAUCUCUCGCGCUGGUGCUUUUCUUGUUCGCAGUCAGUUGGUUGCCGUUGCAUAUCCUGAAUUGCAUCACUCUCUUCUUCCCUAAUUGUAAAUAUUCAAUGACAAUUCUUUACGUGGCAAUCUUGCUCAGUCAUGGCAACUCCGUUGUCAAUCCCAUUGUUUAUGCAUUCCGCAUUAAGAAAUUUCAGAAUGCCUUCGUUAAGAUCUGGAAACAGUAUGUGUGUUGCACGGAGAAUCCACGUGUGCGUGAUCGGCCCAGCUUUCGCAUAGAUAGCAAAGAGAGAAGACUGGGGGGCAAUGACAUCUGACACUUUUCAAAAUAUGACAAUAUAAAUGAGUCUGCUAGGAAAAUGAAAUCUGGGAUGUGUGCUGUCAGUUGUGAGAAUACAUCUGCCACAGAACUGGAGACGAUCGAACAUUACUGGAAAUGUUUCCUUGAAAACUCAGUCAAUGGUGCAUAUAAUGAAUUGCAUCAUUAGUGAGGGACCAUUAAAUAAAUGAAAAUGGCCUGUUUUAGAGGAAUAGCCACACAGUUCACCCGGCAUUCACAUCUGUGGGAAAAUCUUUAUUUGAUUAUGAUUUCCUUUUGUGCUGUGGUUCAUUUGAAUGCAGCUAUCACAUAAAGGGCUUCAUAUAAUGAGUGCAAAACUGCAGACUCAGUGCCUAUGAGUGCACUUAUCCACACUCGUCUUUAGUCAGUAGCAUUAAGGCGUCUGAGGACUUUGAGAAAGGACAUUGAGGAUGUGAUCUGAGGUCAUUUUUAUAGGCCAGCACAUUCAUGUUUUGAGAAGUAUGGAGUUAUUUGUCAUUUGCUGCUUUUCAGGACGAGUGCAAAUUGGAGGCAACUAGGCCCAUUUCGUCUUCAAGGGACAGGGACAAUAAAAAAUUCUGUCAUCAUUUA